AUGCCACCAAAGUCCUCCAACAAGAAAAGUUCAAAUAAAGCAGCUGCCAUUUGGUAUAAUUGUGAAAAAUGUGAUGCACAUAUAACAGCCAAUGAUCGCGAAAAACAUGAAAAUGUAUGUCCCAUAGAAGACGGUCAGAUCGAAAAUGAGAAAGGUGAACCAUUGGAAUAUAUUCGGAGGGGUAUAUUCUCGACAAGUAGUUUGGAAGUGAGGAAAUUCGAAAUUGAACCGUUAAAAGAUAUGCCCGAGAAAUACAUAAAUAAUCUAAUAUUUAUAUCGGAGGGAGUCAUACGUUUAUCGGGACUACAUAUUGGUCAACAAGUGCUGAUUAAAUCCGCAAAGGAAGAUGUAGUGAGGAUACGUAAUGUUUGGCCAAUACCAGAUAAGUUUUUAACUACGAUAUUUGUCAAUGAGAAUGAUUUUAAAAAUAAUUGGUGUAACUUUAAAGGUCACAAUUGGCAAAUACAAUGUCUGCCCAAAGGACAGCCGAUCACAGCAAAAAAUUUGCUAUUAGAAAUCGAAAAAGAAAGUUCGGAAAAUGGAGGAGAAACUAAUAUUGAUUUGAACGAUCAACAGUUACAGGAUUUGGAACGUCUACUAAAACAUGAAUUAAAAAAUCUUUGCUUUGCCAAAGAUACCAUAAUACAUUAUAAUUUCUUUAAUAAGCAAUUGAAAUUUAAGGUGAUCGGUGGUACGAAUAUAACUGAGGCGAAAAGUAAUGAACUGGAAAUAGAUUUCAAGAAAUUAUCAUUGAAUACUAUCGGUGAUAUAUUUAGAGUAACAAAUACAACGGAAGUUAAAAUUUCCAAGGAUGAAAGUAAACAAUUAGAGAGUGCGGAGGAUACAAACUAUUCAAUCAGCAAAGAGGAUAUUGGUGGCCUCCAGCCACAAUUAAAUAUUAUAGAGGAGGCAAUAGAUUUUGCAUUGGGCAUACGUGAGAUUCCAAAAGGUGUUAAAAUAUCACGCGGUUUAUUAAUUUAUGGUUCAUCAGGAUGCGGCAAAACAAUGAUUUGCGAAGCAAUGUCUACAAAGCUACUAGAACAGCAACGACGACAAACCAAAUCCGCAUUUAAACCUUUGAUAUUACAUCUAAAUACCAGUGAAUUGUUUAGUAAAUUUUUAGGUGAAACCGAAAAGAAUUUAAAUUUACAAUUUGAUAAAGUCUUCCAACAUUAUCCUCAACCAUCGUUGGUGAUAAUCGAAGAUGUUCACAAUCUAUGUCCGAAACAAGAAACUAAUGAUGUUGUAAAGCGGGUCGCAAUCGCCUUCUUUAGUUUACUCGACUCAUUGUCGCACAAAAAGGAGGCUCAAAGGUGUUUUGUACUCGCCACGACAUCAAAUAUUGAAAUGCUAAAUCCCAGCAUACGGCGAUGCGGACGUUUAGAUUGUGAGGUGGAAGUGGCGGCACCAACACCAGAUGGUCGAAAGGAAAUUUUACAUUGUUUGCUCAAGAAAGUGGAAAAUCACAAACUACAGGAGGAAGAUAUAAAGGAGAUAGCACAAAUUACUCACGGUUUUGUGGGUGCCGAUUUGGCUAAUCUAAUUUAUAAUGCCACCUUGAAGGCAAUGAAAAAUGCCUCUGCACCACUCAGUGGUGGUAAUGUUGAAUUAGGCAUGGCCGAUAUUAAUUCUGCCCUGAUGAUUGUUAAACCUUCUGCCAUGCGUGAAGUCUUAAUCGAAUGUCCCAAUGUUAGAUGGUCGGAUAUUGGUGGCCAAGAUGAAUUAAAACUUAAAUUACAACAAGCCAUAGAAUGGCCUCUGAAGCAUGCCGAACAGUUUCAACGUUUGGGUAUUAAACCACCACGUGGCAUACUUAUGUACGGUCCGCCUGGUUGUUCCAAAACGAUGAUAGCCAAAGCAUUGGCAACGGAAAGUCAAUUGAAUUUCCUUUCCAUUAAAGGUCCCGAAUUAUUUUCCAUGUGGGUUGGUGAAUCGGAACGAGCAGUACGGGAAGUAUUUCGCAAAGCCAGACAGGUGGCACCAUCCAUUGUAUUCUUCGAUGAAAUCGAUGCCAUUGGUGGGGAACGUGCUGAGGGUGCUUCAGGUGGUUCCGGCAGUUCAGUUAAAGAACGUGUUCUUACCCAGCUUCUAACCGAAAUGGAUGGUGUCGAAUCGUUACAAAAUGUCACCAUUGUAGCUGCCACAAAUCGUCCAGAUAUGAUUGAUAAAGCUCUGUUACGUCCCGGACGCAUUGAUCGUAUUAUUUAUGUUGGUCUACCCAACUCAGAGGCAAGACGACAAAUUUUCACAAUUAAACUGAAGAAAAUGCCAUUAGCCGAUGAUGUCUGCGUUGAUGUAUUGGUGGAGAGAACGGAUGGGUAUUCGGGUGCUGAAAUACAAGCCGUCUGCCAUGAAGCUGCUCUCAAAACUUUGGAAGAAAGUUUUGAUGCUACCGCUGUAACUAUGACACAAUUUGAAUAUGCCUUAAGUGUGGUCCGACCACGUACAAGUUCCGAUUUAUUACGUUUAUAUGAAGAAUAUCAAAAGAAAACGUAA